AUGCCGUCAUCGGAUUCCGGCGAGAGCCGCCGAGCAACCAAGCCCCAGAACACCGUCGGAGCAGCACCGCCCCCGGAGCAAGAGAACCUUCCGUGCCCUCGCUGCGACUCCACCAACACCAAGUUCUGCUACUACAACAACUACAACUACUCCCAGCCCCGCCACUUCUGCAAGUCUUGUCGCCGGUACUGGACUCACGGUGGCACGCUCCGUGACAUCCCCGUCGGCGGUGCCAGCCGGAAAAACUCCAAACGCUCCCGCACCCACCAUGCCACUGUCACAUCUUCCUCUUCACCACAGGACCACCCCUCGCGUGCGGCGGCGCCGCCCAUCGCCGCCAACCAAGGAGGGUCGAUGCAGUUCGGUGGUGGAGUUGAUGGUGAUGUCAAACAGAACGUGAAUAUUUGCGGGAGCUUCACUUCUUUGCUGAACAACACCCAAGGUUCUGGCUUUCUAACUGUGGGUGGGUUUGGGCUUGGGUUAGAGGAAAUGGGGUUUGGGAUUGGGAGAGCGGGUUGGGUUUUGCCGGGAAUGAUGAAUGGAGCUAACAUUGGCGGCGGCGUAGUGGCUUCCGGCGCCGGAAACACGUGGCAGUUUGAAGGUGGCGAAGGUGGGUUUGUGGGUGGAGACUGCUUCUCUUGGCCGGGACUCGCGAUUUCAACACCAGGAAAUGUUCUGAAAUGA